GUUGCCAUAGCGGGCAGUAGUCGCUAAGGCCGAUCUCACAUCGCGACUCGUGUUAUACUAACAACUCUCGUAAUAAAUAGGACGUAAGUACUCACGUCUUAUGUAAAAUAUCUAUAAGUGAUGCAAUCAUAAAAUGUGAUAACAAUAAACUAGCAAUGGAGGAGAUGGAAAACCAAACUGGGACUGUAGAAGUUUCCUCAUCAGAAAAAAGUUUGAAUGCCAGACUGCGAUUAUUGGAUAAAUUAAUAAAGCAGUGCUUCCUAGGAAACGCCACCCACAGCAAAAUACUGGAUUCAGACGAAACAAAAUACCAGAAAGAUGGUCCAUGGUGUCCACGGACUUUCGACGGGUUUGCAUGCUGGGAUGCCAUGCCCGGCGGCAGUACAUCGAAACAAUUCUGUCCGGAGUUCAUCGUUGGAUUUGAUCCUCGACGUUACGCUUACAAAAAGUGCAACGAGAAUGGCACUUGGUUCCACCACCCGGAAACUCACAGACCUUGGUCCAAUUACACGACUUGUGUUGAUUUCGAAGACCUGAGUUUCCGAAACAUCAUUAACAAUAUCUACAUUGGAGGCUAUUCAAUUUCGGUAGCUGCUCUAUUGCUUUCUAUUAUCAUCUUCGUGUAUUUCAGAUCACUUCAAUGUACGCGAAUACGUAUUCACAUACACCUCUUCAUUUCCUUCGCUUUGAACAAUAUUCUGUGGAUUGUGUGGUACAAGGCAGUAGUCAACAGAGUUAGUGUUGUUCAAAAUAAUGAGAUAUGGUGCCAAAUACUUCACAUCAUAACUAACUACUUCAUGGUUACUAGCUACAUAUGGAUGUUUUGUGAAGGCCUACAUCUGCAUAUAGCUCUUGUAGUAGUUUUCGUGAAAGAUGACGUAGCCAUGCGGUGGUUCGUAGCAAUGGGCUGGGGACUGCCUCUAAUCAUCAUCAUGAUUUAUUCAUUCAUUAGAUAUCAUACCUAUGAAGACACAGAAAGAUGCUGGAUGGACCAAAGUGACGCAUUCUGGAUUAUCAUAGUACCAGUACUGAUGUCUCUCGUAGCUUCAUUUGUAUUUUUAGUUAAUGUGGUUCGUGUACUGCUUACUAAACUACACCCGGCUCCCAAUCAGCACGCAUCACUAGCUGCAAGGAAAGCAACUCGAGCAGCUCUUAUACUUAUACCACUGUUUGGGUUGCAUUUCGUACUCAUUCCAUUACGGCCACCGUCUGGUACUCAAGGUGAAAUUAUCUACCAGGUUAUCUCUGCCCUUCUAACUAGUCUGCAGGGUCUCUGCGUUGCCAUUCUCUUCUGCUUUACGAACCAUGACGUAAUGACCGCUACAAAAGCAGUACUCACUAGGAUCCUCAGGAGCAACGAUGUGAUAGUCAUGACAGGGAUAACAGGUGGAGAAAGCAUGGUAAAUACAAGAGAAAAUAUAGUAUAAAAUAUGUAACUCUGGUUAAAAAUAUCCUUAUCCACCUAUUCAUAUUUAAUCAUAUUAUAAUAAAUGUAACCACUCUGUCUAUAUAUGGAAAAUACAUGAAAAAAACUAUAAUUAGUAGACUUCAUCGACGUAUAAUAAUAUCAAAACCAAAGUUUGAUAGUAUAUUGGAGUAGUUUGUCAGUUGUCAUAGAAGUAUUGUAUAAUUUUAAUUUGUUUAUUUAACUUUGCAAGUUAACAAACGCGCAGAUAAACUAAAAUUUUGGACGCGGUUUCCACCAAUGCUUUAUAGUAAGCUUCACAUAAAAUGUUGCGAUUGUUUCAUUCCAUUUGGUUUACGUUCAAAAAUGUUAUGAACUAUUGUUACUACGUAAUAGUACAGUUACUACGUUUCAAGCUCAGCUAGGUUUAUAUAAAACUAUGUCCUGUGAAUACUUUAGAAUUUCCAAUGUUGUUGUUAAUAUAAUAAACAUGCAGCAAUUAGCAGAUAGGUAGGUAGUUAUUAAAUUAUAUAUAAACUGACUAGGUAUGCCUAAUACAAGUGUAUAGUAAAUUACAUGUUUUAAUUUAAAUCUUUGACUAUAUGAAACAUAUGUAUUCAAAAUUAUUGAACAUUAAAUUUACUCAAUAGACUUGGAUAGUCAAGGAAAAUGUUUCAGGAGUCCAUUCAUUAUUACAAAAUCUAUUACAAGUCCAGACAGAAAAUUCCAUAAAAAUACAAACAUGAUUUUCAUAUUUCCGCGAAUUUUCCUUCAGAAAUUGUAAUAGCCACGAAUAACACUGUCAUUAACAUUCCAUG